AUGUCCGCGAUCCUGCGUGACCAUCCGACCAUGAGUCCGCGACUGCUGUGUCUGCUGGCCUCACUUGCCGUGACGGUCCACGCCAGGACCGCAGGCUCCGCUCCCGCAAACGACCUCCAGGACUACCGUGCUAAAUCUGACGUAGCCGAGUACCUCGCGGACAUCCGUCUCUUGUACAAACUCUACGAGGAGUGCAGUGCGGCCGAGUUCGGCUCUUGUCUCAAGAAGAAAAUUGUGGUGGCUCUCGAUCGGGCGGCGAAAUCGUCCAAACACCUCACGCUGGCGGAGGGCCUUACCUUUGUGAAAGAUUCCGCAGCGCAGGACUCCGCCCCCGUGUCCGAAAAGGAGUUGGAGACGUCGCUCCCGCGUUCAUUGGAAGACCGGGAUAAUACACUCAACCAAAUGAUACUGGACAAGAUCAUACAUUUCUUCAAGACGCACACCCUGGAGUUUAAACUCUUCGAGGAUGGCGAUAGAAGUCUUGAAGAAGGUCGAGGGAGACGAAAGGGACUGAACUCCUUGCUGAUGUUACCGUUGUUGCUGGGAGGGACGUUCAUCCCCCUCGCAUUCGGCGCCCUCGCCCUCCUGGCCGGCAAAGCUCUCAUAGUCAGCAAGCUCGCGCUGGCCCUCGCCGCCAUCAUCGGACUCAAGAAACUGGUCGGCGGUGGAGGAGGCGGCGAGUCAUACCAGGUGGUCUCAGUCCCCCAUCACGGUGCAGGACACUACAAGAGAAGUUUGGAUGACGAAGCCCACCAACUUGCCUACAAAGGUCACCUUGGGGACAAUUUUAAGGGUGCUUAA